GUCAGCAUUGCCCUGAAUGGCUUGGUGAGUCAUUUGGACAUUGCAGCAGGAACUGCGGAUGGCACCGCGCCACUUACACCGCGGCUUAGCGACGACUUUCCAUCUGUGCUGUCGCUCGUUUCUGGUGAACGCACCGACCUGGGCUACCAGGCAAUUGAGGUAAGCAAGGAACCGGGAACUUGCUUUGCCUAUUCUGGUGGCGGUUUCCUUGUCUUGCAGCACCUUAUAGAAGCCAUGGAAGGAGCAGCAGUGGAAGGCGUGUGCCGCCCCUUCCUGGACAUCACAGGGCUCUCAGACUUCAGCUUCAUACCCCAUGACCUGCCGCGUGCACUGGGUCGCUACGCCCUUGGUUUCUCAGAUACGGGUGACGUUGUUGCAGCGCCAACUGGCCGCCUGGCUUUUCCGCCGUUUGCUGCAGGAGCCUUGGGCACACCCCGUUCUUUAGCCAACUUUUGGGCAGAGCUGAUUGCAGCCUAUACUGAUACAGCUAGACUAACCCCCAUCGCACAUGCGACUGCAGUGGCAGUGCUGCGUGACAAUGUGCGCGACCUUGGCUCCGUAGACUUUAUGGGCGCGCGCAUGGGCCUCGGGGUUUUCGUCAUGGAUGCCGGACCAAAUAAGGUGGCCGUGCAUCAGGCGGCCAAUGAGGGCUUCCGCGGUGUUUACAUUGCUUGCUUUGAGGGCCCCGAUGUGGGCAAGGUGAUGGUUGUCCUCAGCAAUGGAGACAACUAUGCAGCGUUGCUCAAUGCUGAGGUAUCGCGAUUACUGCUACGAAGGUGGCAGUGGAAGGGCGUCAAUGGAGCUGUGCUUGAAGAAGACGCCGAGUUCAUUUUCCGGGACAUUCCACAGGAGCAGAUUGUUAAUCAAGCCUACAAGGCGCUCGUGUUCAGUGCCUUCGAACCUUCCCCUGCAUGA